UCCAGAAAUCAUACACUAUGGCGAAGAAAAUUCUCGUCACUUCCGCUAUCUCUGUAUGAAAUCUGAAUACGAUAAAAUGUUCUAUCAACAUCAAACCAUGAUUUCUCAAGCUACCACAACAACUACACCAAACGUCAAUAAGGCAACAGAAAAUAAAAAACCAGAAAAACGUAAAAGUGCACCCAAAUUAAGCAGUAGCACGCCUAAAAUGCAACGUAACGAAAGUGAGUCCAAAGCAACAACCUCAUGUCCAUGUCGCAGUACGAAAUGCAAAAAGAGUUUAUCACGCGAAAUGAAAGACCCAAAUAAAACAUCAUCUGAAGAUAUAUCUAGAAAAUCCUCAGAAGUUGGCAUGCGUGAAGUCCUCGAACAUAUACAGAAAUUUUGUAAUCAAAUGCAAUUUAAUGAUUUCAAAUGUGAACAGAGCAGUGAGGGAGGGACAAGUCAUAAUCGAAAUAUUAUACAGCCAGAUGAGUUAAUUGAAAUCAAUAAAGAUAUUUUUGUAGAUGAUGAAGCUGAUGAAGAGGAUGAUGACUGGGAAUUAAGUUCAGAUGGUAUGACACCAAGAAAUAGGGAAAAUGGUUCUCAUAAAUAUGGUGACACAACCGCUAGAGGUUCUAUCACUCAACGAGGCAAUAAUGGAGCUGGUGAUGGCUGAUUUAGUAUGUUAUUGUUAGUCAGAAUAUGAAUUGUAUAUUUGCAAUGAUUUUUAUAUAUUUUGUAAUAUUUUUUUUUUGGGAAAUUUUGAAUAAAUAUAAAGAUUUUACAAUCAUAA